AUGAUGUUCAACGUGUUCAACCCGGAAUGCGACUCCUCCUCCCGGUGUAGCACAGCGUCUCCGGCCGCUGACAGCUCCAGCAAUUUGGGCUACUACCAAGCGUCUCCAGCCGGUUCUUAUUCCAGUUUGGGCUCACCACAAUCUCAGGAUUUCACCGAUUUGACCGUUUCAAGUGCCUCUUUCGUCCCCACGGUGACGGCCAUCUCAACCAGCCCCGACCUGCAGUGGAUGGUCCAACCGCUGGUCUCCUCGGUGGCCCCCUCGCACCGGGCGCACCCCUACGUCUCCAGGCCCAGCCCGGCGUACCCCAGGGCGACCCCGAAAGUCUCGGCGUCCCGCCCUCACAGCAACAGGAGAGGCAGAACCGAACAGAUUUCACCCGAAGAGGAAGCAAAGAGGAAAAUUCGCAGGGAGAGGAACAAGCAAGCGGCCGCUAAAUGUCGCAACAGGAGGCGCGAGCUGACCGACACGCUCCAAGCUGAAACCGAUCAGCUGGAGGACGAAAAAUCCAAACUUCAGAACGAUAUCGCCAACCUUCUCAAGGAGAAGGAACGCCUGGAGUUCAUCCUGGCGGCCCACCGACCCGCCUGCAAAGUCCCCUGCGAGCAGGACGCGGAAUUCCCGCCGCUGUCCGUCUCCCCGUCCCGUCCCGUAGUCUCCUCCGACUCCAUCUUCUCCACCGGCACCGUCAAACUGAGCGACCUGGACUCGUCGGUUCUAGACGAGUCUUUGGACCUCUUGGCCAAAACGGAGAUGGAGCGCUCGGUGCCAGAAGCGGACUUAUCAGCCUCGCUUUGCAGCGCUCAGGACUGGGAGCAGCUGCACCCGUCUGUGACCAGCGGCGACUUCGAACCGCCGCUGUGCACCCCGGUGGUGACCUGCACGCCCGCCGCAACCUUCACGUCCUCGUUCGUCUUCACCUUCCCCGAAGCCGAAACUUUCCCCGGAUGUGCCGCCGCGCACCGGCGGGGAAGCAGCGGAAACGAGCAGUCAUCCGAUUCGCUCAAUUCGCCAACGCUGCUGGCCCUUUAA